AUGAUCGACACUGCUAUCAGCAUCGCCUUUUGGGCGUCCAGCCUCCUCACCUUGGCUAUUCUUCUCUUGCCGUCGCAGUACAAUCCACAAAAAGCUCGCCAGAAUGGGUCCGACAAGAGUCAAGUCCGCGUGCAGAUUCUCGUCCUGGGGGACAUUGGUCGCAGUCCGCGAAUGCAGUACCAUGCCUUGAGCAUAGCUCGUCGCGGAGGCCACGUCGACAUUAUCGGCUAUAACGAGUCCGAUCCCCAUCCUGACCUUACAUCCAACGCGGCCAUAUCAAUUGUGCCGCUUCCUCCGCAUCCAGCGUUCCUCCAGACAAGCAACAAACUGUUAUUCCUCGUCUUCGCACCGCUCAAAGUCCUCUUCCAAAUUGCCUCUUUAUGGGCCUGUCUCGCGUACCGAACAAAACCAGCGAAAUGGAUGCUGAUCCAGAACCCGCCUUCCAUACCGACCCUCGCCGUCGCAUCUGUUGUCUGUUUUCUUCGCCAGACUCGGCUCGUCAUCGACUGGCACAAUUUUGGAUACUCGAUACUGGCGCUGAAACUGGGGGAUGGGCAUCCAGUAGUCCGGCUGUCGAAAUGGUACGAACGGGUAUUUUGCGGCAUGGCGACUGCGCACCUGUGUGUUACAAGGGCCAUGGCUCGCGUCUUGAAAGAGGACUUUGGGAUCAUGCAGGCCCCGAUUUUGCCUCUGCAUGACCGCCCGGCCAGCCACUUCAAGCCUAUACUGGAUAGUAAAGAAACAAUACAAUUCCUACAAUCACUACCGGAAGCCGCAGCAGUGAAAGCCGAACUGGAAACCGGAGAAGCUCGGGUACUGGUCAGCUCGACGUCUUGGACCGCAGACGAAGAUUUCUCAGUCCUGAUCGAUGCUCUGUGCCAAUAUUCAAAAAUCGCAUGCACCGAGAAUACAUCAUUACCUCGGGUGCUAGCAAUCAUCACCGGAAAAGGCCCACAGAAAGAAAUGUAUCUCAACGAAAUAUCCGCCCGCGAAGCCGCCGGCAAGCUCGAAAAGGUCACCAUUAAGACCGCAUGGCUCACGACGCUGGACUAUGCGAAACUCCUGGGCUGCGCGUCACUCGGCGUCAGCUUACAUACCAGCAGCAGCGGCGUAGACCUGCCCAUGAAAGUCGUGGAUAUGUUCGGUGCUGGUCUGCCCGUUGUGGGAUGGAGUCGCUUCGAGGCGUGGCCAGAACUCGUCACCGAGGGCGUUAACGGGCGAGGAUUCGGAAGCGCACAAGAGCUGUCCGAGCAUCUUACGGAUUUGUUUGGCAGCUCAGGUAAGCUUCAGACUCUAAGGGAAGGGGCUCAAAAGGAAAGCUUGCGUCGAUGGGAUCAAGAAUGGGAUCCUAUUGCAGGGAAACUCUUCGGACUGGUAGAUUAA